AUGUUUGGGAAACCAGACAAAAUGGACGUUAGAUGCCACUCGGACGCUGAGACUAACCGGGUCUCGAAGAAUGGACAUAAGGAGGGGAAAGAGAGCAAGGGGGGCGAAGGGAAUAUCUCCGCUUCUUUUCUGAAGGAACCUCCGGGCACUUUUUCCCCGUCUGCCGCUUCGGAAGAUUGUAAUAAGAAUAAAUCUAAUUCUGCCGACCCGGACUAUUGCAGAAGGAUCCUGGUUCGAGAUGCCAAGGGCUCCAUCCGAGAGAUCAUUCUUCCCAAAGGCCUGGACCUGGACCGGCCAAAGCGGACCCGAACGUCAUUCACCGCUGAACAGCUAUAUCGGCUAGAGAUGGAGUUCCAGCGGUGCCAGUAUGUUGUGGGGCGGGAGCGAACCGAGCUGGCCAGGCAGCUCAACCUCUCCGAGACCCAGGUGAAGGUGUGGUUCCAGAACCGGCGCACAAAGCAGAAGAAAGACCAAGGCAAGGACUCGGAGCUGCGCUCCGUAGUGUCCGAGACGGCUGCCACUUGCAGCGUGCUCCGGCUCCUAGAGCAAGGCCGCCUGCUCUCUCCGCCUGGCCUGCCGGGCCUCCUGCCGCCUUGCGCCACGGGUGCUCUGGGUUCGGCCCUGAGAGGCCCCAGCAUUCCGGCCCUAGGCGGCAGCGGCAGUUCGAGCUCCGGCUCCAGCUCGGCCUCCGGCCCGGCGGGCGGCUCCUCUCCGCAUCCCCCGGCCGUGAGUAGCGCGGCGGGGCCCGCCUCGGCCUCAGGACUGCAUCCUGCCCCGGCCGCCGGUCACGGUCUCUUCAGCCUGCCGGUACCAUCGCUCCUGGGCUCGGUCGCCAGUCGCCUCUCCUCCAACCCCCUGACAAUGGCUGGCUCAUUGGCCGGGAAUUUACAAGAACUCUCCGCAAGAUACCUGAGCUCCUCCGCCUUUGAGCCCUACUCGCGGACCAACAAUAAAGACGGGGCGGAGAAAAAAGCACUGGACUGAUU